UACGCGCGAACACACACGGCGAAUUGCAAGUGCAGCCAUGAUGGACGGAAUGGAGGACAGCCAAGAUCUCUUGGCAGAGGACCAGGGAAAGACCAGGACCGAGUCUAAUGUUGACUUGAACACAGACACGUCUCUACUAGUUGACAUCUCGGAUGCACUGAGUGAGAGAGAUAAAGUUAAAUUCACCGUCCAUACUAAACGCCCCUCCAGACCAAAUUUGCUUGAUUCAUUGUCCCUAACUACCUUACCUGAGUUUAGUGAAAGUGAUUUCUCUGUACAGAGGGAGCAUGAAGAGUUCAUAUGGCUACAUACCAUGUAUGAGGAAAAUGAGGACUACGGAGGCAUCAUUAUUCCACCAGCUCCCCCAAGGCCAGACUUUGAUGCCUCGAGAGAAAAGCUACAAAAGCUGGGUGAAGGAGAGGGUACGAUGACCAAAGAAGAAUUCAACAAGAUGAAACAAGAACUAGAAGCGGAAUACCUUGCCACGUUCAAGAAGACGGUCGCCAUGCACGAGGUAUUUCUUCAACGCCUUGCUGCCCACGCUACCCUUAGAAAUGACCAUAACUUCAGAGUCUUCCUGGAAUACAAGCAAGAUUUAAAUGUACGUGGGAAGAACAAGAAGGAGAGGCUGAGUGGGCUCAUGAAGUUUGUCAGCAAGUCAGUGGAUGAAGUUUUAGUUUCAGGACAAAAGGAUGUAGAUUCGUUCUUUGAGCAUGAGAAGAACUUCCUGGUUGAGUACCAUAACAAGGUGAAAGACUCGACUUCCAAGUCAGAUAGGAUGACAAGGUCACACAAAGAUGUAGCAGACACGUACAUUAAAAUAUCAGGGGGAUUGCUUGGACUUGGAACAAUAGACAAGACAGAGUUAGACAAAUUCUUCAUCAAAAUAGCAGAGACAUUUGAAAAGUUGAGAAAACUUGAAGCCCGUGUUGCCUCUGAUGAAGAUCUAAAGCAGUCAGACCUCCUACGAUAUUAUAUGAGGGAUUCAUCAGCAGCAAAGGAUCUUCUGUACAGGCGCAUGAGGGCACUUGUCAACUACCAGAAUGCCAACAAGGCACUGGAGAAGGCCCGUAUGAAGAACAAGGAUGUUCAUGCAGCCGAAAGGAACCAGACGGAAGCUUGUGAAAAGUUUGAGAAGAUGUCCGAAGUGGCCAAGACGGAGCUAACAGACUUCAAAGCAAGGAGGGUGAUAGCCUACAGGAAGAACCUUACAGAACUAGCAGAAUUAGAACUUAAACAUGCCAAGGCACAAGUACAACUGCUGCGAAACACCUUAGCAUCAUUGAAAGAAGACAUGCCUUGAGGUUAACCCGCUGGUGAUAAAAAUCAAAUAUGUCCUAUUGAUAUAUAUAUAUAUAUAUACUCUAUUCUUUUGAAGAUAUAUUAUUUUAUAAAAUGUAAUCGAUCACCAACUGGCAUGUUGAUUUGCAAGAGUACCAUGUCAGUGACGUAAUGAACACCUCGGAAUGCCUUUUAGCUUGUAAGCUCUCUUUGUAUAUAGAAUGACAAUGAAAUUAUUGAAGGAUAAGAAUCGUAUUGGAGCUGUUGCAAAUUGACUCACCCUCACUGACAUGUUAUAAGCUACUGAAAUCCUUGAAUAUGAUUGGCUUAGAGCAAACUCAUCGGUCAAAGCACCAUCUGUUUCUUUUAUGUAAUGCUCCUCUUGCAUCAUUCACUAUUUUAUGAAGUAUAGAAAGCAAAAUCAUGUUACUAUGGCCACAAGAAUAAAGCUUAAUAUAUUAGUCAUACAUAUUAAGAAUAUAUGAUAGUAAUGAACUUAGUGUUUAAGGUGAACACUGACCAGCCAUAUUGAGUGUUUAUUUUGAUAU